GCCGAAUCCGACACGUCAAAAUGCCUGCGAAACGAGAUUUGUUUUCGAUUUGAUUGCCGACUUUUCUCAGAAUAUAAACAAAGUGUCAAAUAUUUAAACUUAUAAUUUUCCUAUUUAAUCGAAUAAAAAAUAAUUUCGACUGUUGAUUAAGUCACAAACGAUGUCCAAGAGGCACGUCGAAGAUGGUUCCGGCGGGAGCCAGCCGCCUAUAAAGAAAAUCCACUUCGAGCCCCAUUUAAUCGGCCCCGUGUCCACUUUGGAGGAGAUGGACAUAAAAGUGCUUCAAUUCCAAAACAAAAAAUUAGCCCAGAGAAUCGAGCAGAGAUGCAGAACCGAGCAGGAAUUGAGGCAGAGAAUCGAGCAAUUGGAGAAGCGACAAACACAAGACGACGCCAUGCUCAAUGUAGUUAAUCGAUAUUGGAAUCAACUGAACGAGGAUAUCAGGAUUUUACUUCAAAGAUUCGAUGCGGAAACGGCCGAUGAAUCGGAAACCAAAAACGAAAACGAAGCAACAACUUCCUUUUUAAUGCAACUAUCCACUUGGGACAAGGAUGAAUUAAACGAUAAAUUAGCAAACAGAGUACAAGUAUCCAGAAGAGCCGUAGCUAAAGUUAUCCAAGCAUUCGACAGGUUGAUGCAGAGAAACGAGAAAAUCACAUUGGCUUUAAAAGGAGAAUUAGAAGGCCAAGAUGCUCCUUCGGUCGACGAAGCUAUCCGUCAAACCAACAUUCAACUUCAAGCGGAGAAUCGAAACCUCCAAGCACUGCAUACGACUUUGCACGAGAAAUACCACACACUGAGCCUCAAAGUAACCGAAUUACAGGAUUCCGUAACGGCCAGGGACACCGAAAACGCCGAAUUGAAAAACCAAAUCGACGAUUUACAAUAUGAGCUGGAGAAAGUGAGAAACCGAAACGACAAACUGGAGACCCAUUUAGCCGAGGCCGUUGAGAAACUGAAGGCGUACCAUCAACUUCACGGGGACACCGAUAAGAGCGAAAAAGAACAAAAACCCACACCGCAAACCAGCAUAUCUCAAGCCAAACUCGAGGAUUUGAUGAAAGAGGUCGAAGAAUGGAAGGAAUUGGCCAACAACAGGCUACAGGAAUUGGAUAAGUUGCACCAAACGCACAGAGAAACCUUAAAGGAAGUCGAAAAACUCAAGAUGGAUAUUCGUCAACUACCUGAAAGCGUUAUAGUGGAAACUACCGAAUACAAAUGUCUCCAAUCCCAAUUCUCCGUACUUUACAAUGAAUCCAUGCAGUUGAAGACUCAAUUAGACGAAGCUCGCCAGCAAUUACAGACUAGCAAAAACGCCCAUUUAAGAAACAUCGAAAUGAUGGAGGGCGAAGAAUUAAUAGCCCAAAAAAAGCUGCGACAGGAAGUGAUGCAAUUGGAAGACUUCCUGGCGCAAUUGAGAAAAGAAUACGAGAUGUUGAGGAUCGAAUUUGAACAGAAUUUGGCGGCGAACGAACAAACCGGACCAAUCAACAGAGAAAUGAGACAUUUAAUCACCUCCUUGCAAAACAACACCCAGCAACUCAAAGGAGAAGUUCACAGGUACAAGAGAAAAUACAAAGAGGCCAACACCGAGAUUCCCAAGCUCAAAAAAGAGGUGGAGGAUCUGCAGCACAAAUUGAGCACCCAAUGUUCUAGCCAGGACACCAAAGAGAACAUUAAAAAGGAGGAUAUCAAGGAAGAAGACAUGUCGAGCAGCGACGGCUCGCAAAUAAAAGAAGAACAUCACUUACCGAUAAAAAAAGAGGAAGACGAUACAGAGCAAAGCGAAGAUACCGAUGCCGGUAAAGAGCAAACCGCAGGAGCCAGCGAAUCGCCCGGUGGUAAAAAAGAUGGCUCGAAACAAGACAAAACUGGCGCCAAAAAGGACGUUACGCCCAAGGUCGAGGCCCACAGAGACGCCGCCAAAACCAAGGAGCAGAAAAUCGCAGAAAGCGAUUUGGUUCGAGAUCUCAAAAAUCAAUUAAAGAAAGCUCUAAACGAACAAAAAGAGAUGAAACUCCUUUUGGACAUGUACAAAGGCGUCAGCAAAGAACAGAGGGAUAAAGUACAAUUAAUGGCAGCCGAGAAGAAGCUCAGAACAGACGUGGAGGAUCUAAAACAAACCUUGAAGAAACUACAGAGAGACGACAAGCGCAAACUGGCCGAAGACGAGGCUUUGAAGAAAAUCAAGCAAUUAGAGGAGCAGAAAUACGAACUUCAAAAGCAAGUGGCCAAUCAGAAGCCUUUGGACGGUAACUGGGGCGGCCACAACGUACAUCAAAGGCCGUUUGUGGGUUCCCUGGAGGAGGAAGCGCUGCUAAACGAAAUGGAAGUAACGGGACAGGCUUUCGAAGACAUGCAGGAGCAAAAUUCUAGAUUGAUUCAGCAGUUGCGCGAAAAGGACGACGCUAAUUUCAAACUGAUGUCGGAGAGGAUCAAAUCGAACCAACUACACAAACUGGCUCGUGAGGAAAAAGACGUUUUGAAGGAACAGGUUUGUACUCUCACGACGCAAGUCGAUGCGGGUAAUCUAGUCGUAAGGAAAUUGGAGGAGAAGGAGCGCAUACUGCAAAACACUCUAGCUACAGUCGAAAAGGAACUGGCCCUUCGACAACAAGCGAUGGAGAUGCACAAGAGAAAGGCGAUCGAGUCGGCGCAAUCUGCGGCCGAUUUGAAACUCCAUUUAGAAAAGUAUCAUUCCCAAAUGAAGGAGGCGCAGCAAGUGGUGGCGGAGAAGACGAGCUCGCUCGAAGCCGAAGCCUACAAGACGAAGCGCCUGCAGGAGGAGAUAGCCCAAUUGAAGCGCAAAGCGGAGAGGAUGAAGAAAAUGGAACUGGCCGGAACCACGUUGGACGAAGUCAUGAUGGAGGAGAUUAGGGAGUACAAGGAGACGUUGACGUGCCCGUCUUGCAAAGUAAAACGAAAGGACGCUGUCCUAUCGAAAUGUUUCCACGUUUUCUGUUACGAUUGCCUCAAAACGAGGUACGAGACCAGGCAGAGGAAGUGCCCGAAAUGUAAUUGCGCGUUCGGCGCCAACGAUUAUCACAGACUUUAUUUGUCUAAUUAAAAGGUUAACGAGGUAGAGUAAAUAAUGUGUAACGUAGCUUUAAGGUUAUAAUGUUUAUGAAUUAUGUAAAACGUCUCACCAAUCAUUAAAAAAUCGAUUACAAAACGUAAUAUUACAUGACGUAUUUGUGGGUUUUUAAAUGCUUAUUUAGGUAGGACUUUUCCAAGAAGCCUUUAUCGCAUACGUGACAAACGUGGCAUUUAUUUCCCGUGUGGAUUCGCUCGUGGACUUGCAGGUUGUAUUUACAAUUGAAGGUUUUCGGACAAGAAGUACACAGAAACGGUCUCUGGCCUGUGUGAAUUAAUUGGUGUUUUUUCAUCAGACUAGAAGAGGAGAAUUCUUUAUCGCAUAUGUUGCAUUUCGUACGUUUGUGUUUCAU